AUGGCGCCCAUCGAGACGCCCGACAUACCGGACGAUGCCUCGACGGGCGACACCUUCACCGUGAUAAAGCAGUCGCUGGAGCUCGAUGUCAGCUUCUGCCCGCGCCGCGUCGUAGGGAAGACAGUAAUCGACCUUCAGCCAAAGAAGGGGCAGUUGCGCGAAAUUGUCCUCAACUGCCGGCAGCUUAGACCGACGCGCAUCUGUAUCGACGAGCAGACGGCCGGCUACAGCUACUCGAACUUGCACGAGCGCCUUACCUUGUACCCAGGCACCGGUCUCGACCAGUAUCACUUCGCAAAAGACCGGAUAGCACGUCAUGUGGACCCUAGUGCUUCAGCGGACGAGCUUGUUAUCUUCCUGCCGGACAAGGUCACGAUUCGGGAGGUACGGCCGGAAGAGGUAGGCGAGAUGGAAAAUGCGCAGGGCGUUUUCUAUGCGCCGCUGAAGCUGGAGAUCGAGUACAUACUGGACGACUUCCGCGAUGCACUGCACUUCGUUGGUGUUGAGGACGGAGACGGCCGCUAUCCACACGCUUUCACACGCAACUCACCCUUCCCUGGCAUUGCAUCAUGCCUCUUCCCAUGUCUAGACGACGGCACACGCAAGUGCCUCUUCGAUGUCGCUAUUAGAUACCCGCGAACAGUCGGCGACGCACUCAGCAAGGCAACAGCUCCCGCGCUGGCAGGCGCAAAUAGACAGAGUCUCGCGAGCGGGGCAGACAAGGCAGACAGCGUCAUGACAGAUGUGGAUGAUGACUUGGGAGAUCUGUCCGCAGAAGAGAGGGCUAUGGAGAUGCAAGUCAUUUGCUCAGGCGCUCUGACCGACGACAUUGCAGACCAUUCAGAUGCCUCUCGUAAAACAGCAAGCUUCACCUGUGAUACCCCGGUCCUGCCGCAGCACAUUGGGUUCGUCAUCGGACCUUUCGAGCACGUCGACCUCUCCGAAUACCGCGAUGCAGCCGACGAUGAACGUCUGGGAACGAAUGCUGUGAAGGUGCAUGCUUUUUGCCUACCAGGAAAGGAAGAUGAGGUUCGAAACAGCGCCAUGAUGCUGGCACGCGCUCUCGAUAGCUUUACGGAACGCUUUCAGAGUUAUGCGUUUGGCAACGCCUACAAAUUGGCCUUUGUGGACGAUCUGGACUGUGACACUGUUCAUACUGCCUCAUUCUCCAUCUGCAGCACCCGUUUGCUCUUCCCCGAGACCGUAUGGGAGCCUCUGGAGCACACGACAAGGGUCCUGGUGCAUGCAGUGGCUAGCCAGUGGAUUGGAGUGGACGUCGUUGCAUACAGUCCAUACGACUACUGGAUAAUCGUUGGGGGCUCCUGGUUCAUGGCCGAAUUGUAUCUUCGAGAACUUUUCGGCCGCAAUGACUGGCGUUUCCGGCAGAAGCAGAUGGUAGACAAGAUCAUUGCCAUGGAUCACGAGCGGCCAAGUCUGAUCGAGCUUGGGCCGCUGCUGCAGCUUCAUCCUGCCGAACAAGAUUUCAUGGAGAUCAAGGCACUGCUGGUAUUAUCGGUCCUUCACAACCGCCUCGUAAAACAGAGCGGUAAAAAUGGCGUCGAUAGGUGUCUAUACCGUAUGUUGUUCAAUGCCCGACAAGGCAAGUACGACAGUGGCGCAGUCGCCACCGAUGACUUUCUCGACAUUUGCGAGAAGGUUGGUCAUCAGAAGCUUGAAACGUUCUUCAAGCAGUGGAUUGAGGGUUCUGGUUUCCCGACCUUUACCUGUGAACAGCAGUUCAAUAAGAAGAAGCAGGUUGUUGUUCUUACGAUCCAACAAGAACAGAACGUUCUUGCUGUUGGAAGCUCACUCUCGCCUGAUGAGUUCGUGCGGAAGACAAAGGAAAGCAUGCACAAUCUGGCGCCGACACAGAACUGGCCGGUUUUCUUGGGGCCCAUGACAAUCCGUAUUCACGAAGCUGAUGGCACACCCUACGAGCAUAUUGUGGAGAUCAACGCAUCGAAAGUCAAGGUCGAGAUUCCGUACAAUACCAAGUACAAGCGCCUGAAGAGGAAUCGGCUCAACAAAGAGCGUAUGGCAGCUGCAGCUGGCUUAGAUGCCUCAGGCGAUGCUCAAGAGGAGGUCACAUUUUACAUGCUGGGUGAUGUCUUUGCAUCGCCUGAAGAGCAAGAAGAGUGGAAGCUCGGCGACUGGCCAGCUGAGGUCGAGCGUCAGCAGGAGGGUGAAGCCUACGAAUGGAUCCGUAUGGACGCCGAUUUUGAAUGGAUUUGUAAGGCCAAAGUUGCGAUGCCGAGCUACAUGUACAUCUCGCAGCUGCAACAAGACAAAGAUGUUGUUGCACAGGCUGAGUCCAUCCAAUUUCUGGCCACGAAAGAAGAUAAACUUAUCUCGACGUUCCUCGUCAAGACUCUCAUGGAUGGCCGAUACUUCCACGGCAUCCGCACUAUGGCUGCGGACGUUCUGGCUCAGAGCGCCAAACAAAGCUUGGACUGGAUCGGUUUGUUCCACCUAAAGAAAGCAUUCCAGGACCUCUUUUGCUUGCCUGGCUCGCCGAUGACAAGGUCAAACGACUUCUCCGACCGAAGUCUGUACCUCAUCCAGUGUGCCAUUCCAAAAGCGAUUGCCCGAAUCAAGGGUGAAGAUGGCAAGGCCCCCAUGGAAGCAAAACGAUUCCUCCUGGAUCUCAUGCGAUACAACGAUAAUCGCGGCAACGAUUACAGUGAUGAUCACUACAUCUCGACCUUGAUGAGGUGUCUAGCUGAGUGUCUCAUCAGCGUUCCGUCUGGGGUUGUGAGCGACUUUGACUUCCGUGCACAAGCAGAGGAGUUCGAUUUCACAAAGAAAGCCAUCGAGGAGCUCACCCGCCACCAACGUCUGGACGAGUGGAUACCCACCUUCCAAAACAUCUACACAACCACCGGCCUUGAGUGUACCUUGAGACUGGUUAUGAACCGGGUCAUGCCUUUCAAGCCAUCGGAAUUCUCGCAAUACGCCCAGCUCGGCAAUGCUGACAAUGUACGAUUGAAGGCUUGGGAAUGUCUUGUUCGACUAGGCAUAUUCCGUAAAGACAGCAUGUCAAGGUCUUUGAUGCAUGAGAUUCGCUCGGACCCAUCACCGUACUUCAGAAAGCAGCUGCUCCUCAUCCUCGACCUUGCUGUCGGGCAGAUUGCAACCGGAGAGGUGUUUACACCGACCAAGCCUCAGGAAUCUACAGGCGCUCUAGUCAUUGAUCAAGGAGCCGACAACUCGGCCCGUGUCUCGAGCCUUGCACGUGCAUCAUUGGCGGGAGCUCUCAACGGGUUGAAGCAGGAUUUGGUCAAUAACAUGACGCUGCGGCUGGUGCUUGAAGAGGCCUUGAACUCGAGGACACUUUCCCUGAGCGAUAUGACCCACCUCUUGGACUUCUGCGACAUGGUGUUCAGGGAUCGCAGGAAGAAUGCUUUGCCUGUGAAGCUUCGUUUCCCACGCUACUGGAAGGUCAAGCAUCUUGGCCAAGCCAAGUUGCAAUUCACGCAGACUGAGAAGUUCCGCACCAAACCGCUACACCCGCUGGUCAAAGAAGCUCCGCCGGCACCUGCUCCCGCUCCCGCUCUCGUGCCUGCACUGGCACCGGUACAAGCACCAACCCAGGCGCCAGUGGAGUUACCUCGAGCGGUAUCUGUGCAGCCACCACCUGCACCAGUCGUACCACCCAAACUUACGGCUCCCAGCGUCACUGCGCCGUCCAAACCCAAGUUGUCACUCAAGUUUGGCAAACCGAAAUCUGGCAAUGCAUCGUCUCCACCACCUUCGGCAUUGGCAAGGUCGCACUCUACAUUUUCUCCACCUAUCAAGCACGCUUCACCUGCCCCAAUGUCAGCACCACCUUCGCGGAAAGCAUCACCAGCGCCGCAGCCAGCUGUUGUCAAACAUGAAUCGCCGAUUUUACCGCCAAAGCCUGCCAGUCCGCCUGCAGUGUCACCGCCGAAGAAUGAUCCAACGCCAGCUCCUGUUGCGAAUACGCCUGUGCCGUCACCGAAGCCAGCACCGGUAUCGAUACCAGCAGCAGCUACAAUAGCGGCUGCACCACCACGUCCGAAACCAGCGCCGGUCAAUGUACCAAAGGCUAUCUCGGCGUCGUCACCCAUGCACUCCCCAAUUCCUUCGUCAGGGCCUAGGAUCAAGAUCAAAACCAAGACAGUACCGGGGUCUUCUGCACCAAAUUCGCGCCCUUCGACACCGGCACCGUCUCGACCAACCGCCCCUCCGCCGCGACUCAACGGUGCAUCUGCACCUCCAUCAAGAUCCGGAACUUGUACACCUGCGCCACGACCUGCGCCUGUGCCUGGGAAGCAGAGUCAGUCGAAGCCCAAUAAGAGGAGUAAGAUUGUUAAGCUCAAGCUACCCCCGGAAAAGCUUGCUCGGCUUAAGAACGGCAGCAACAAGAAGAGGAAACUGGUCAACGGCGGUGAUGAUAGGCCGUUUAAGAGACAGAGUGUCGAGCCCAAUGGGAUGGUCAAUGGAGCAGGUAACACUGGCUUAGUGAAGAUUGAGAGGUCUGGCGGUGAGAAGCCGAAGCUGAUCGUGAGGAUGAAAGUCGAUAGGUUCAAGCUGCCUGGUGAGUGA